GUGAGUUAUUACUUCAAGGAGGACAAGCUGUUGCAGAUGUAUAUCCUUCCGAGGAUCAAGUCAAGAUCUGGUCUCUCUUAGAAUGAAUACAUUAAUCUGAACUAUGAGAGUUGGAUUCUGGGGCAGCUGGGACGCCUGGGACGCGGACGGUAUUCCUGCAUACCUCCACAAGCUAGUUCUUGCUGGAUCUUGCCUUGAAGAGAACCCAGUAUUCGACCAAAGUAAGGUUGAAGAGGACUCCAGUAUGCAGAUAUUUGUCAAGCUAACAUCAACCAGUAGAACUCUUACUUUUAGCGUAAAGAGUUCUGAUACAGUUGGGAACAUCAAGUCUAUGAUUCAAUACAAGGAGGGGAUAGAACCAGACCGACAGAUGAUCAUCUUCGCUGGGAGACUUCUCCAGGAUCAUAAGACCCUGAACCAUUACAGUAUUGAGAAGGAUUCCAUCCUUCAUCUGGUUCUCCGCAGAUCAGAGCUGGCAGGUAUGCAGAUAUAUGUUGACAUGCCUAAUGAAGAAAGUUACACUCUUGAUGUGAUGGUUUCGUCCACCGUCGCAGACAUCAAAGCCCUGUUAGAGAGUGUGCUGGGUGUUCCAUCAUGCCAACAGAAGCUCACUUGUGCUGGAGAGAUUCUUGAGGAUUGCCAGACCAUGGUGGGUUGCAAGGUUGCACUGCAGUCUAAACUUGGUGAAAAGAUCCAACUGGAAGAUCAGCYCAUUCAACUGUACCUCACAGAGAUGCCCAGUAAAAUUGAGAGGAUGACAUCUUUUGUAAUGCAAGAGAAGCCCACAAUCACUGAGAACUUACAGGUCAAAGGAGUGGAAAUGCAGAUUGUAGUGAGAAGCUUCAUUGGAAGUUAUGUUCUCAAUGUGCUGGCAUCGAGUACCAUUGAAUGUGUCAAGACAGUGAUCCAAAGUGUGAUAGGAAUCCCACAGAAGAAACAGAUUCUUUAUUAUGGUAAAUGUAAACUUGAAGAUGCUCAAACUCUAGCUGAUUAUGGCAUCAAGGAUCAGUCUGAGCUUUUGAUGUUAGGUCCAUUCCUGAAAUUAUUCAUCAAGAUGCCACAGGCAAAAAGUACCAUCAGGAUCCACGCCUGUAAUUUUGAGAAGGUCCAUGAUAUCAAAAGCAUAGUUUGGGAGAGAACAGGGAUCCCACAAGACAGACAUACCUUGGUCUACGCUGGAAGAUCACUUGAUGAUGAAGAGACACUUUCAACUUAUGGCAUCCAAAACGGUUCUACACUUUAUGGGUUCUUUGGUUUAGAAGAUGGAAGUCAAGAAUUCAAGUUAUUUUUCAACAAGAAUGCAGCAGACGAGACCUAUGAAGUCAGAGUGAAAUCAUGGUACAGUAUCUUGGAUGUCAAGACCAUCAUAGAGAGCAUGGUGGGAAUCCCUAUAGACCUGCAAGAGCUUACAUAUAACCAAGAGAAACUCAGGGAUUGCAGGAAGUUGGCUGAUUACAAUAUCAAGCAUGGAUGUAAUAUUUCUCUGUUGGUUUCUAGUUCUCCGGUGCAGUUGUUCAUAAAAAGUGGGGAGGAAUACUUCAUGCUUGAAGUGAAAAACUCUGAGACAAUAAAUGAAAUCAUGACCAAUAUUCUAGUGAAAACAGACAGUACUGGUAAGCUCAAUCUUUUCAUUGGAGAAACUAAGCUUGAGGAGGAUCGGACCUUAGCCCACUAUGACAUACAAUCCUCUGCCUUCCUCCAACUGGAGCGCGCAAUUCAAGUGAAUGUGACCAGUCCGAGCGGUGAAGUGAUUACAGUUGAUCUAAAGGCAACCGAUGAUAUUGAUGGGGUGAAGGACAAAAUUGAGGAUAUGUGUGGGAUUCCAUGGGAGAUACAGACCAUUACUUACCUCGAAGAUGAACUUGAUGGUCUUUAUACGCUGGAAGAUUAUGAAUUUCAUUUGGGUGGUCUUUGGGGUUUAAGGUGGUUGUUUGGUGGUACUGCGUGGUCCUUCUUUUGGCCUUCCUAUGCGGCAGUUUGAGGCUGAACGAGUGUUACACAAACUCCAUUUGUUAGUUUUGGUUUUUUGGCUUGUUUUGAAUGUUAAUUAGUUUAGU